AUGACCACAAUUCUCAAAACGCGCUCCUUGGGCGACAUCCGAGGCAUAAGUGCGGGUGGCGUCACUCAAUUCUUAGGAAUCAAAUAUGCCCAUCUCAAGAAUAGAUUUGCAGGCGCCGAGCUGAUUGAAGAACGAACGGGCAAUGUCCUCGAUGCCAUGACCAAUGGACCCACGGCGCUGUCCCCGUCAGUUGGAUGUGAGAUAGAGCUUGGACACGUCCAGCAUUCACUGCCCAGAAAAGAAUUAACACAAUCGGAUAUUGAUUGCCUUAAUCUGAACAUCGCAUACCCUUCUGAUGCCAGUUCCUCGUCAAGACUCCCCGUGCUUGUGUACAUUCAUGGAGGUGGUCUCUUUAUUGGAGCUAACUCCUGGCCUCAAAAUGAUCUCCACCGACUGGUCAAGCUGUCCACUGAGAGAGGCCUGUCUGUGGUGGUAGUUGCAAUCAAUUAUCGAUUGGGAGCUCCAGGAUUUUUAACUUCCGAAGAACUACGGGAUGCAGGCUAUCAAGCAAAUAAUGGACUUCGUGACCAGCGCGUGGCUCUAGAGUGGGUUCGAAAGCACAUCGGAGACUUUUUCGGAGAUCCAGAGAACAUCACUGUAGCAGGAAUGAGCGCUGGAGGGGCUUCGGUAACCUACCAUCUUCAUUCACAAACCCCACUUUUCAAGCGGGCGAUAUCGAUGAGCGGCACGUCAUUGUUCGUCCAGGCCCUGCCGUACCACGUACACGAGGAAAACUAUGCGAAAGCAAUUGCCGCUUUGGGAUUGACUGACCUGACAGCAGAAGACCGAGUACAGGCACUGCUUACUAUGCCGAGUCAUGAGCUUCUCGCCAAGCUACCCCCAUCGAUCUUGGUGGCCCCAGCCAUCGAUAGCGAUAUCGUUCUUCCAGGCGACCUACUGAUCGGAGAUGCGGAAGUUGACUCCAGCAUUCUACAGGUAGUGGCACCGCAUAUCAACACUAACAGUACGGAGCGCUUUAUAUCCGCGACUCGCCAAGCUCUCGCUCCGUACCCAGAGGAAGCAGAACGCAUACUCAAUGCUUACGGCAUUACCAGUGACACACCCGACGAGCUGUCUAUCCACUCCAUUCUCAAUUUUAUCUCAGAUAUCAUGUGUCACGCAGCCGCCCUCAGCUUCGCCCGUGGCUGGAGCGGAAACGCCUAUGUUUACCAUUUCAACGAGGGCAAUCCAUGGGACGGACCAUGGAAAGGUCACGCAAACCACAUCCUUGACACUGCCUACCUCUUUCAAAAUUUCACUGAAUAUUUGAGCUCGGAGCAGCGAGCUGUUGGGACUGCGUUUGCGGAGGACUUUUUCAAGUUCUGUCAUGGAAUCAAGCCGUGGCCUACCUUUACUCCUGGGAAUAUUCAAGAUGGGUUCUUGGCGCGGAUUUACGGACCCAGCGACAAAGGAAUGAUUUCUAGCGUGGCUACAGAAGCUUUUGGAGGUGACAGUAUGCGCAGAGGUAUUCUGUUUGACUCUGCUGAUUCUGUGUCACUGGAUGAAUACGGAAACGUGUUUGCGAUCUUCAUGACUUGCUAA